AUGUGGCGUCGAUAUUUGAUGUGGUUCGCACAUGAACACAUAGAUUUUCGUAAUGCUGAAAUGCAAAGUAUACUUAGUAUGUUAAACAUACCGAUAAAAUUUAUCGAAAAACCUUGUAUCAAUAAGCCUUACUGGGUCGUCGAAUUCCCUUCCGAAGAUUGUGUUAAAAAGGUUGCUUCUCGGUCCGUUUUACUCAAGAAUUGCAUAGAACUCUGGUCCAGAGCGAGAACUGAAGAAGCUUUACAUUAUAAUUUGAAAAAAGCACUAGUAAACACAUCAGGAAAAUGGAUAGUACCUGAAAAUUCUACUGACCACAUAAGUGAAACACAUAUUUGUCCAAGGGAACUAUUAGAGGCAUGCUGUGAUGAGAAAAAGUCUUUUAAAAUAGAAGUCGAGACAUUCUGUAAACAUUUUACAAUGAAGGAGAAGGUUGACAAAAUUGAGAAUUUCAGUUAUUUACCUUUAAAGGGUCCUGUGAAAUUGAAGAAGCCAGAUAUAACUUUAGCCUAUCUUGAAUUCUAUGGAGUGGAUCCUAAUAAUGUUCCUGAACAGCCUCAUGACUUAUUCUUUGGUAAAUGGGUAUCAAAUGGUCAAAGAGAGCUGAUACAAACGCAUUCGCUAAAAAAACGACAGUUCAUUGGUAACACAAGCAUGGAUGCACAACUUUCUCUAAUAAUGGCGAACCAGGCUCAAGUCGAAAAUGGACUUGUAAUAUUAGAUCCUUUUGUGGGAUCUGGUUCUCUUUUCAUCGCUGCGGCACAUUUUGGAGCGUACGUGUGGGGAUCUGAUAUUGAUUUUAUGAUGCUGCACGCUCGGUCACGGCCUACUCGCGUCGGGCAAAAGGAACGUACAAAGGAAGAAAGCAUCAGAAGUAACAUGAGGCACUAUGGUACAGAAUCGAGGUUUUUGGACGUCGUUGUAAGUGACUUCUCGUUGCCUAAUUGGAGAAGCGACUUGAAAUUCGAUGCUAUUAUCACUGAUCCACCAUACGGAGUAAGAGAACCGACAGAGAAGAUAGGUAUAGACAGAGAGAACUACGAGCUGUCCGAUGAACAUCUCGUGAACCACAUACCUUCGAAGGUGGAGUACGGUCUGCCGCACAUAUACAGUGACCUAUUGAACUUCGCGGCAAAGCAUCUUGACGUUGGCAGACGACUAGUUUGCUGGUAUCCUUUAGUGAGAGAGGAAUACAAAGAGGAGCAAUUACCCUCCCACCCCUGUCUGAAGUUGGUCGCGAACUCCGAACAAGUGCUGUCCAAGCUGACAGCUCGGAGGUUGCUUACGUAUGAAAAAGUUAGCGAUGAAGUCCCUAACAUGCCAGUAGACCCUAACGCUGGGACACAUAAUUUUAGAGAAAAAUACUUUUCCAUGGGUGAAAUGACUAGACGGGAGAGGAAAGAGAAAAAAGCUGAGGAUAUGGCCGCGUAUGGAUUUAAACAAUUUCGGAACAUUGUAAAUGAUUCAUAGUAUCUGUUGUUGAUAGUAAGAAUUAAAUUCUUUACUAAUU